AUGGCGCCCAGCCCCGCGGCGCGCGCGGAGACGGCCAACGGGGCUUCUUCUCCGUCAGAACGAAAUGGAGAGACACUCUCUUUUUCGUCGCUGCCCUGCGCUUCGGAGUCCGCAGAGGAAGCCGCGCUGUCCGCGCUCAACGCGUCGCUCGUCGUGGAGGCCCUGGAAGACCUGAAUCCUGGCGCAGAGAUAGAACCCGCUGCGGCUCGACUCGUAGGCGGCGUCCUCGACGCCUUCGUCGUGGACGUUGCCUCUCAGGCUGCGCGCCUUUGCCUCACGCGCCGCGGCUCGACUCUCCGCCGCGACGAUCUUCAGUUUGCUCUAGCUUGGAGCUUUUCAGUGCCUGUCUUCGCGACGGGGUCGGCGUCUACGGCGGGGGCUGGUAUCUGCGUGGAGCCCGAUGCAUCCUGUCCUUCGGUGGCGCGAGCUGCGUUGCCUCGGAGCAGCGACGCCGGGCGGUGGUCGAUGCAGGCCUUCGUCGCGCUGCAGGAGGAGCGCCAGCGGCGACUUUUUCAUCAGCUCUUUCUUGAGCAGCAGGAGGGCGCGAAUGGCGGCCUCGGCGCGCGCCCCGAGGGAGGCAGGAAGAUCCGCGUGCGCACACUGGGGCAGAAGAGCGCGUCACUCGCCAAGCCGGCGGCGCCCGCGCCGCAAGACGCCGCGCUUGACGGUCCUGCAAAGCGCGCGCGCGACGAUGCCGAAGAGGGCGCCGAUGGGACCCCGUCGCGCGCUAAGCGCCCGCCGGCCUCGCCUGCCCCUGCCGCCGCGGCGCCUGCAGCAGCGGGCGCAGCCGGGGGGGCGACGGCGAAGGCGCGGCAGUCUCCGUCUUCGCGGGCGGAAGGCCUUCCGAGUCGGUCCCACAGAGCGGCGCCCGCGACCCUCGCGCGGCCGCGCCGGACCCGCAGGCGGAGACCCGCGGGCGCCGGGUCUGGCGUCGGGCCUCGCGCCUUUGGCGGCGAGCCCGGCGGCCGUCGUGGCGGGCGCGUUGCCGCGGGGCGCUUCGGAUGCCUCUGCGUCUCUGCCGGCCGGCGCGGCGCUCGCCCAUCACCCCCAGGCGCCCCCUUCGCCUGCAGCGGCGCACCUGCGCCCGUUUCAUCCGGCGGCGUAUGGAGGAGGCCCCGAGGGCGCGUUCGCGCCGCGCUUCGCGGCCGGCUACUACGCCUUGCCGGCCGCCGCGCACAGCCGACCCCCCCAGCCCCCGCGGGCCUCCAGCAGCCCCUGCAGAUGCCCGAGCCCCCCCCCGGGGCUGCGUUCGCCUCGCCUGCGGUGCCUGGGGACACUACGCAGCAGCAGCCGCUCUACUUCCCCACGGCCGCGGCCGCGUAUGCUCCGCCGGCGCUGCAGCCGCACGGCGGCGCGCUAGUCCCUCCGCAGGACGUUCGCUUCUUCUCUCCCUAUCCGCCAGGCAACGCCGUCGCUGCGUCGCCCGCGAGGCCCUCGCACCCGCGCGGCGCGGGAGACGAGCCCAACCCUGCGCAGGGGAAAACGUUCUAG